AUGACUUCGACAUACGGACAAUAUUAUGGCAAUAUAGUGUUCAUCGACGAGGCUCAGGUGCAACAAAACCAACAACGUGAUGCCGCCGCACAAACAUUGACAUUGAGAGGGCUGUCCAUCACCUACGUGUGGUGGCGCGCAGCGCAGGCAGGUCUCAACUUGAAGUGGAAUCGGCUCAACGCGGCCCCACCUAAGCUGGACAGCUUGCAUUCCGAUGACCAGGACCUUUUCAACCGAUGCAAACCAUUGCUCGACCACAGUAUACCCGACAUAUAUCCUAUCAGCCCUGAAACUGCGAAGGUCAUGUUCGAGACCUUUGAGGCCAUGGUUAUGGAGGUGCAGCCCGACAAAUAUGACACUAUCCAGCGAGCGGUCAUUGGUCUAGAGCAGUGGGAUAUGCUCGAUCGUCUCAUGUUCGACAAUAACCUGGAGGACGGCGGAUUAUUUGCAGCUGAUAAGUUCACCGGGCGCUGCUCUCGGCGGGAACGAAUGUGGAAAACACUGUUUGACCCGAAGGCUAAGUAA